AUGUCGCCUACCUGCGCUCCGUCCUGCCCAGCACCACGGAGGACGCCUUCUUCGAUUACCUGGCCACCCUGGACGCCUCGGAGGUGACCGUCUCUGCAGUGCCGGGUGGCUCCAUCGUCUUCCCAAGGCCAUAUUCCACCCUGCUGCACUUUCCUGGCUCUGCACUGAAGCUGAUGGAGAUCGGGCUCCGUCGUGCUCAGGGGCCGGACGGUGCCCUUUCGGCUUCCAAGUACUCCUAUAUUGGGGGUUUUGACUACACCAGUAACGUCCUGGCGGGGAAGCUCUACGGCAUCCCGGUGUGCGGCACCAUCGCCCACUCCUUCAUCAUGUCCUUCACCUCGCUGGAGGAGGUGCAGCUCCGGGGGCUGCUGGACACGUACUGCGUCAGGAGGAGCGGCUUGCCGAACUUCUGUGCCGUGGCGCUGGCCCUGCACCAGCUGGGGUACCGGGCCAUCGGGGUGCGCCUGGACAGCGGUGACCUGGCCCAGCAGUCCAAGGAGAUCCGCCGAGUGCUCCGAGCCUGCGGUGCUCACUUCCAGGUGCCCUGGUUUGAGACCAUCCCCAUCGCCGUCAGCAACGACAUCAGCGAGCAGAGCCUGGAGGAGUUCAGCCGGGAGGGGAGCGAGAUCGACAUGAUCGGCGUCGGGACGAACCUGGUGACGUGUCCCCUGCAGCCGUCGCUGGGCUGUGUUUACAAG